AUAAAGAAAAAGAAGUGCUCAAGAAGGAGAAGAGAGGCAAGGGUCCAGUCAUAUGUGGUUACCCCCUCAGCAUUUUCUUCAUAGUAGUUAAUGAGUUCUGUGAAAGGUUUUCUUACUAUGGCAUGCGAGCUGUACUUGUGCUGUACUUUAAGUACUUUUUGAAUUGGAAUGAUGAUUUUGCAACAUCCAUCUAUCAUGUCUUUGUGGCCCUUUGUUAUUUGACUCCAAUCCUGGGGGCCAUUGUGGCAGAUUCAUGGCUAGGAAAGUUCAAGACUAUCAUAUACCUGUCCAUUGUGUACGCUUUGGGUCAGAUCGCGAUGGCCAUCAGUGCCAUCCAUGACAUCACUGACCAAGACAGGAACGGGACUCCAGACAACAUGACCUUUCAUGUGGUGCUGUCUAUGGUGGGCCUCUUCCUGAUUGCUCUGGGCACUGGUGGGAUUAAACCUUGUGUGGCGGCCUUUGGUGGAGACCAGUUUACUAAUGAACAGGAAAAUCAAAGAAGAACAUUCUUCUCUGUCUUCUACCUGUGCAUCAAUGGAGGGAGUUUACUGUCCACCAUCAUCACUCCUAUCCUCAGAGCCCAGCAGUGUGGCAUCCACACAAAGAUGGAGUGUUAUCCUCUGGCAUUUGGUGUCCCUGCUGCGCUCAUGGUGGUCGCUCUAGUGGUGUUCAUUGUGGGAAGUCCAAUGUACUUCAAAGCAAAGCCACAGGGAAAUAUCAUGCUGGAUGUGUGCAAGUGUAUUGGGUUUGCUAUUAAGAAUCGCUACAGACACAGAAGCAAGCGAUAUCCAAAGAGAGAACACUGGAUGGACUGGGCAGAGGAGAAAUAUGGAAAACUUCUGAUAGCACAGAUCAAAAUGGCACUCAAGGUUUUGUUUUUAUACCUACCACUUCCUAUGUUCUGGACCUUGUUUGACCAAAAGGGUUCAAGAUGGACACUACAGGCUACCACGCUGAAUGGAGACUUUGGUGCAUUCAUAGUCCAACCUGAUCAGAUGCAGACAUUUAAUCCCAUUCUGAUUCUGACUUUGGUGCCAAUUAUGGAUAAUGUUAUUUAUCCCUUAAUUAAGAAAUGUGGCUUAAACUUCACACCCUUGAAGAGAAUGACAGUGGGCAUGUUUCUAGCAGCGAUGGCUUUUGUCUGUGCUGCUGUGGUCCAACUCCAGAUUGAUAAAACUCUGCCCACUUUUCCAUCAGCCUCCGAGAGCCAACUCAAACUACUGAAUAUGGCCCCGAACCAGAUCAGUGUUCAGUUACCUGGCAACUCCCCACUGCAGCUUUCACCAAAUCAGGCCAGCCCUGAGUACUACACAUUUGAUACCGACACCGUUACAGUUUCCAUAGGAAGUCCUCCUACUACCCGAACUAUUGCCCUGACGAAGGGCAAGCGUCAGACUCUUCUUAUUCCUGGAAAUCUGGCUAAUACGUGGGAGCUGACCAAUGAUUUAAUCUCUAAACCUGAAAAAGGUGCCAAUGCCAUUCGGUUUGUCAACGGCUUAAGUAUUCCAAUAAACAUUUCAACAGCUCAAGUAGAGUUUGGAAUCACUAACCCGUUUUUAGCCAGCAACUACUCGCUAUUAAAGAAUGGAAAGCAAACCUUCACCUUCCUCUCCGCUUCUGAAUCUUGUACUGUCGAGAAAGAAUUUGGCUUUGGAAGCUCCUACACUUACUUCAUCCCCAGUACUUUCACGUUCACAACAAAUUGUGGGGAGGUGAUUACUGAAGCAGAGGAGAUCAAACCAAACACAGUGCACAUGGCCUUGCAGAUCCCACAGUACUUCUUUAUUACUGCUGGAGAAGUCAUGUUCUCUGUUACUGGACUUGAGUUUUCGUAUUCGCAGGCACCAAGCAACAUGAAGGCUGUGCUCCAAGCUGGCUGGUUACUCACUGUUGCUGUUGGAAACUUUAUUGUCCUGAUUGUGGCUGAACUCGCUAAACUUCCCAAGCAGUGGACAGAGUACGUCUUAUUCGCCUCUCUGCUGGUGGCAGUGUGCUUCAUCUUCUCCUUCAUGGCCUAUUUCUACACCUACAUAGACCCUGCAGAGAUCGAGGCCCAGUUCACAGACAAAGUAAAACACGAUGAUGAUGAUGACGACGAAGAUAAACCCAGGAAAAACUCAAAGUCUGAAAUUGAGAUGGUGAAACAAAAAGAUGACCAUGACAACCCACACCAAACCAAAAUGUAAAUAUUUUGUAGCGCUGUUUUGUUUACCAUUUUGUAUUUGUAGAAACUUUAAAGGUGCACUGCCUGACUUUUCUGGUGGAGGGUCUGCUACCAGUUUGUCUCCAUGGCGAUGUUAUUUCUUUGAGUGGAAAGUUCCAUGGUACGACAUUAAAAAUAUCUAUCUAGCAUGUAUUAAUUACGGGUGUUUCUAUUACUCAAAAAUACAACAAUUCCUUCUGUGGAUAGGGGAGACUCUCCACAGAUCUGAAUUGUAAUGUAGCUAGAUAGGUUUAAUCUAUACUAUGGAACAUUCUAGACAAAACAAUAACAUUUCCAUAGAGACAAGCAGGUGGUGGACCCUCCGCUAAAAAUGUUAAACAGUGCACCUUAAGUAUAUAACAGUGCAUGUUUGGGAUUAUAAAAGUGAUUUGAAUCAUUAGCUGUCAUUGUUAUUUUAUUAUAUUGUAUUUGAAAUGACCAGAAAAUCAU